UAUAGCAGCGUUUUAGUUAGUAAAAACAUUGCAUCGCUUUAGUGAAUGAAUGAAAUCAGUUACGUACAGAAAUGACGCAUCAAGGCCAAUAUCUGGCGCAAUCUGGCGUAGUACUUGCGCACUGAACUCUAUAAUGUACUUGCGUCAUGGAAAUAUGAAUUGUUUUCGUAGGUAGUGAUGUGCCAGUGAACUCGGUAUACUGCAAGGCCCUAUAUUACUGUAUACUGUCAGUUUUUUGUUGUCUUCUAAGAUCUGCUAGUGAUUUUCGAGAGUCCAGAGUUCCUUGUAUGGACUGAUUCGAAAAUGGCCCAGAGAAGUACUAGAAGUGGUUCAAAGGUAGCUGCUGGAUUGAAAUUCCGGCCAAGCGCACCAAAUCACUCGCAAGGUGGCUCGAAACCUGUUGCAGAGCAAUCAAGCCCCCAGCAUAUUUUUUCGCUGGUUAUCAUCCACCUAUGCAGAAAGGUUUUGUUUUUUGAUACAGAGUUGAAGAUUGGAUUAUAUCUGUUCCUUUUGUUUGUUGGAUCUACAGUUGGAGAUUUUCUGCCCCUGCCGAAGUCGUACUUCUCGAACAAGCACAAUAUUUUGAACCAGUAUUUUGUGAAGCUUGGGUGGGGAUGGACAUUCACAGUUGUUGGAGCCUUUAUGAUGCUGACAGCCAAUAUCUACUGCUGUGGACAAAGGCCAAGACUGCAGAAGCAUGUCACCAGACUUGUCUGUGCAACCAUGGCCUGGUAUGUCAUGACAAGCAUGUUUGUAUAUGUUGAAAGCAGAUUCGGUGUGUGCAGAUCAAAGUCAAUGACACAAAGCAAGUUUGCUACAAAGGAGAUUUGUGUUGAUGCAGGGUUCAAGUGGUCAGGGUUUGACAUUUCAGGACACACCUUUCUCCUGAUGUUCAACAGCCUCUUCAUUAUGGAAGAAGCAAAAGCAAUUUGUGGCUGGGAAGGUAUCAAGGACAUGAUCAGGAAUGAAGACUUUGCCAGAAAGACAGAGAACAAAGAUGAUGCUGAUGACACACCUCUUCAGCACAUAUCUGAUGAAGACUAUGAGAAGAUGAAGAUCAACUACUUCAAGUACACACCCCACAUCAAAGUGAUGUUUGUUGUUCUGACCUUCUUCUCUGUCCUGUGGGAUGUGAUGCUGGUGGCCACAGUUCUCUACUUCCACACCAUGGUGCAGAAGAUGAGUGGUGGGAUGCUUGCAAUCGUGGCCUGGUUCUUCCUGUACAGAUGGCUGUAUCCUCAAGGAUUUGCCUGUCUUCCAGGAAAGGGUGCAUUCAAAUACCAGAAGUCCAAACCUAGAGUUUCACAGGCCCUGAGGGCACCUUCUUUUGUGUUUAAGAGAAAAGAGAGCACCACCAAGCAACAGGCAGUGCCCAAGGAUGACAUGCCCAGGUUCAUGGGGAUGCCUCUGUAUGCUUUACGAAACAAGAACAAUGAAGGUGCCAGCCCACAGGAGGCAGAAGGAAGCAAGUGAGCUUCCCGAGAUCAUAACUUGUGUGUCUGCCAUUGAAUGGCUAUUCUAGUACCUAUGUCAUGUUGUGCAAACCUUGGCUAACCUGAAGUGAUUUCAUUGUCAAUGCCAUCAUUCAUCUAGUCCUGUAAGAUUGUUGUGACCCUAUCAUCAGGCUGUUGGCUGCACCAUUCAAUCCAAAGACUGUGGCCCAAUAAUAUUCAUGUGUGGGCUCCCCCAGUUGGAGGAAGCAAUGACAACAUCUGUUGCUGCAGAUAAUACUCAUCAUCGCUAGCAACGUGUGUGCAACCUGUUACUUGAUACCUUGUGGGCAUAGCGUGCUAUCCAAACUAACUUUUUAUUCUUUUCCAACAAUACAAAAUCAUGCUAAU